GGGGGACGGUGAAUAGUAAUGCUCAAUAUUUUUUAUAAACUGAGUCUAUUUUCUACAUCACUUGUAAAUUAAACCAAAGCAUUGGUGUUCUUUAGUUACACGGGUUCUCGCAAUAAUUUAUGGUUAAAUAAUAGACAGGCUCCGAAAUAGAAGAUUCCUUUACUGAGAGUACCGUUGGAGAUGCCCAGUUAUUCAAUGCCAAUAAGUCAAAAAGACUCGCUCAAAUUUUCAGCUCUUUAUUUCAUCUCGUUUUUUGUUCUUCACACUCACUUGAUUUUAUUCUCCUCACAAAUUCGUUCUGAUUCUCCCCAUCUUUUGUUCCAAUGGACUCAAAAUCUCUCCUCCUUCCCCUGCUUUUUCUGCUCUCAGCCGCAUUGCUCUUCCCGGCGGCGUCCGGUGGCGGCCUCUGCAUCAACUAUGGCCGGAUCGCCAACAACCUCCCCUCACCGGAGGCGGUGGCUCGCCUCGUCGGCACCAUCCACGCCGCCAAAAUCCGGAUCUACGACACCGAGCAGCGCGUCCUCAGGGCCUUCGCCGGCACCAAUGUCGAGAUUACCGUCGGCCUCGGCAACGAGUACCUUGCCUCCAUGGCAGAUUACCCCACCGCCCUCGCCUGGGUCAAGUCCAACGUCACCUGCUACAUGCCGCAGACCAAAAUCACCUCCAUCGCCGUCGGCAACGAGGUCCUCACCGCCGACGGCGCCGUCCGCCCCGACGACCUACUUGCCUCCAGCAGCACCGCCAGCCCCAAGGACCUCCUCCCCGCCAUGGAGAACAUCCACAAAGCCCUUGAUUCCCUCGGCUACGCCAGCCGCGUGUCCGUCACGACCGCGCACAAUUUGGGGAUUCUCAACGUCUCCUACCCACCGUCGGCCGGGGAAUUCCACCGCGAACUGAACCAAUACCUGAAGCAAAUCCUCGAUUUCCACUGCAAAACCGGCUCGCCAUUCAUGAUAAACGCCUAUCCGUACUUCGCCUACAGGGACAACCCUAAACACAUUUCUCUGGAAUUCGUGCUUUUCGAGGCGAACGGCACGGACGUGGUCGUGGACCCUGCAACGGGCCUGCACUACGACAACAUGUUCGAGGCCCAAAUCGACGCGGCCCACGCGGCGAUGGAAAAGCUAGGGUACAAAAACGUGUGCCUGCAGGUGUCGGAGACGGGAUGGCCGUCCGACGGCGACGAGGCGGGUGCGACGACGGAUAACGCGAAGACGUACAAUACGAACCUGCUCAAGCUGAUUAAUAGUAGGAAGGGGACGCCGAUGAGGCCAGAUCUGGAUCUGAACGUUUACAUUUUCGCCCUUUUCAACGAGAACCUGAAGCCCGGGCCCAAAUCUGAGAGGAACUUCGGGCUAUUUAAGCCCGACAUGACGCCGGUGUAUGAACUUUUCAAUUUGAAUGGUGGUUCCGGCGGCACGCCUCAGACCGGCACGCCGCAGCUCGGCCCGCCGGCGGUGGUCAUGCCUUCACCGGAUGGCUACAUAAUCGAUGGGGCGGGGAGACUUAGAUUCAACAGAGGAGGGGCAUUUUUGUCCUUUUUGUGCACGGUGGUCUCGACAAUUUUGUUGCGCUACUACUCUGGUUUCAUGUGAAAUGACGAUAGCCAUAAAUUGAUGACUCAUUGAAUUUAGACGAUGGGAUGCAAGAAAAGAGAGGAAUAAAUAAACACAGAUUGUUAAAAUUAGGCGGCAAAUAGAUAGCAUUCUGAGCAAUAACAAACAAACCCUUGGUUGCUUUCAGAGUCAUCAUCUUCUUUCAUAACUUGGAGCACUAAAAGCUGCCUAGACAACAAUGGCAAUCUCCUCACUUUUUUGGCCGUGUUGUGAAAUUAUUUUUUUUUUUUCUUUUUUAAGUUAGGUUUAGCCAUUUUUAAUGUAUUGAUUGUACUAGGAAUAGGAAAGGAACCUUAUAGUAUUAGCUCUGCAUGGACCCGUUUACUAGUUUCUCUCUAUUCGAUAAUGCGCAGCGCGUAGCUACAUUGGAGGCUCUACACUGCAUAUUUAGAUUCAUUUUGAUUUAGCCCAACUCAAAUUAUAUUGUUCAUUCACUUACUCAUCAGCAUAUUUUUCUAAUUUUUCUUUUCGGUGAACGCAAUAAAAAAAUAGGUUCAAACUUGUUAGUGGUAAUACGAUGAUUUUGGGAGUUAGGCACCGAUUGUAAUUGAAAUUUAUUCCGUCUUUACUCUUGACUGG